UAGAAUAAUGAGCCAUCGCCGCUCCAACUGGGUCCGACCGCCGAUAGUUUGUGAGUGGCCUCCGCGAUAUCCACACGGUUGUUUUUCAUUCAAGCGCGCUCUUCGUGGUACUCAUAUUCGUACUCUUCAGUGUUGACUAUAGCACACUUGUUACGAUGUAAAUAAACAAAAAAAAAACCGUGCCCCCGCCUCUGACUCACAGUCCGAAGUUUUAAGUAUGUAAACAAGAUUGUGUUGUGGAAUAUAUUAUUGUAGUUUGUGGAAAAUAAUUAUACUUGUGAUACGCCGAUAAUACUGGGUGAAGCUUCAGUUAACGUUUGUUUUUCAUGUAAAGGAUGCCGAUUUGCCAAUACAAGGUCGUAUUUGGAUUCGUUCAAUGAUGAGGGGUGAGCGGGAGUAGUAGGGGAGCCCGUCAUGAAUUCUGACGUGCAUCGUCAUCAGGCGCAUCCGCCAUUGGCACAGCACGGAGUGCACGGUGCGGCGCAGGGCGUGGGCCCUUGUGGCUGGUAUUCGGCUUCUGCCGCUCCUGCACCCACGGCCCCUGCUCGUCUUAAGCGCGUACAAGCACCUCAUCAGCUACCGUCUGGAGGGAACUUGAGCGGCAGUAAUGGCCCGCACGCGCCUCUCUCCCCGUCCGCAUUGCAGAAUACUAUACCGCACAAUCUUAUAAUGUCAUCGUCAGUCCGGACACCCGCUCCGGCCGCCACUGUACCGUCCGCCAUGCACACCUCGCAAACAGCACCAGCAGUCACGAAAGGACAGAGCGAUGUCUUGGUAAACUCGUCCGUACAGAACCCACCGCCGGCCGGCAACAGGCUGGUCAAUAUGACACAGUGGCCAUGGCAUCACGGCGCGAUAUCGAGGGAGCGAGCGGAGGCGUUGCUCUCCGGCUCUCCGGACGGGGUUUUCUUGGUGCGAGAGAGCACUAACUUCCCAGGAGACCACACGCUGUGCGUCCGAUUCCGAGGAAGGGUGGAACACUAUAGAGUAAAAUGGGCGACAGCGCCCGACAACCAAAACCAACGUCUGACCAUAGACGAUGAAGAAUUCUUCGAUAACAUGACGGACUUAAUUCAUCACUACCUGCAGGACGCGGACGGGCUGUGCACGAAGCUGGUGCGGUGCCUCCCCAAGGCGACGGCGAACGGCACCAACAACAACGGCGCCCCGCAGCAGCAGUACCCGCCCCACCCGCAGCAGCCGCCGCCGUAUCCGCCCACGCCGAGCGUGCCGAGCGCGCUGGCGGCGGGACACUUCCCGCACGCGUACGUCGCGCCGGCCGCCUCCACCGACCAGACGGACGGCACCUUGCAGUCGCAAAGCUUCGUUGACGCGCGUUGGAAAAUAGACGAGCGCGACCUUGAAAUCCGAGAAAAUAUCGGCAAAGGAGAAUUCGGCGACGUGAUGCUAGGGAUCCUGAACGGCACGCAGAAAGUGGCCGUCAAAAUUCUCAAAGAUCGGGAAGCCGCUAGUAAAUUCCGCGCUGAAGCUAGUGUGAUGGCAUCGUUGAAGCACGAGAACCUGGUCCGUCUGCUGGGGCUGGUGUUCACGAGCAGCGGCGGCACGUGCCUGGUGACGGAGCACUGCGCGCAGGGCUCGCUGCUCGACUACCUGCGCAGCCGCGGCCGCCACUACGUCACGCAGCUCAACCAGAUCAACUUCGCGUUUGACGCGUGCUGUGGGAUGGAAUAUUUAGAAAGGCAACGUGUCGUACACCGCGACCUGGCGGCGAGAAAUGUGCUCAUCUCGGCGGAAGGCACCGCCAAGGUGGCGGACUUCGGUCUGGCGCGAGCUGGUGCAGCGCUGGAGGAUCCGGCGGAGGCGGCUCGGCUACAGGCCAAGUUGCCCAUUAAAUGGACAGCACCGGAGGCACUUAAAUAUAACAAAUUCUCAAACAAGUCGGAUAUGUGGAGUUUUGGAAUUUUAUUAUGGGAAAUUUACUCGUUUGGAAGAGUACCUUAUCCUAGAAUUCCGCUGGCGGAGGUGGUGCGGCACGUGGAGCGCGGCUACCGCAUGGAGGCGCCGGAGGGGUGUCCGCCCGGCCCCUACGAGCUCAUGCGCGCCGCCUGGCACGCCGACCCCGCCUCGCGACCCACCUUCCUGCACAUGCGCCGCAACCUCGCCGACAUACGCGACCACACGCCCGCGCAGGACGCUCAACUUGUGGGGAACGGAACUACUUAAAAUAUAAAGAAAAAUUACCUGUAAUUUCUAACACAUUGAUAUUUUUUUCAAAUCGUGUUCUACAUGUGAAAAAUUGUAAGUACUAAAUUAUUUUACUAAAGCGCCCUGUCUCCUAAGGGGCUUUAGUUAGGGUAAUAUAAUAAUAAUAAUAAUGGGUGUGUUCUAUGGUUUAAGGAUGAAUGUUUAAAAUAAAUGUCAGUUAUCUUUAAAGGAGUUUUUUAGUGGUGGUCCUGAUUAUUGUGCUUUUAAAAUAUAUGAUCUACACAGAUUUCUAAACUAUGCGACAUAAAGCGCGCCCUAUUGAUUUAGUUGAAAACUAAUUGUUACAGAUAAACAUAACAAAAUACAUAACUAUAUUCAUAGUCGUUACCCGCUAAUCUUGUGAGUUCAAAAACGAGGCUAUUCCACUAAGAGCUCUAAAUCUGUGUAUUUAAGGCCUAAAAUAACCUAUAUUAAUACUAUUUUUUCAUGAAAAUUCCACCCAAUAGUGGCCAUAAGGUCGUAUCGCUUGUCGGUACUAUGGUACUGUCUAGUCAAUGUAUUGUUUGUAAUAUUGUUUGUAUCAUAGUAGCAUAUAAAUUUAUAAGGUGACUGAAUUACGCAGAAAUGGUAAAUAUUGCACAUUACAGCACGAACUUCGUUUAUAAGGCUGAGGAUGACUCUUGAUAUGAAUUAAAAUAUAAUCAGUGUGUCCUAAAAUCCUUUAUUUUUUUAAUUACCUGGGUUGUGAAUAAACAGCUUAAAAGUAUGCCCUCGAAUUAAAGCAUGGAUUAUUGUAUACUCAAAAUAACAAUGUAUUUUUCAUACUUAACUCAAUUUCAAAAUAUUUCCUAUUUAUUUUACAUAAAACCUGCUAUUUCAAUAUCUAGAAUGAUAUUUAAAUAUUGUAAUGAAUAAAAAAUAUAUUUUCAAUUGAGUGUUUGUCAGACAUAAAUAUAAUAAUAGAACACAAAAUCCGUGCAUUUUACUAAAUAUAAAGAAUUAUGUAAUUUUAAUUAUAAUAAUAUGAGAAAUUGGUUUUUGCACGACGUGCUAAAAGAUAAGUGCUAGAAGUAAGGUGCAUUAGGAUACAUAAAGCUUAGUGAUGGUUGUGUGGUAGUAAAAUUCAGGAAUAUAUUGCAAAUUACGAUAUUAUAUAAAGUGAAUUAAAUAUCGUAGUUUUAAGGUGAUUAAAGUUUACUAUUUUAAAUUUGAUUGUUUAACCGAUUUUGUAUCAAAAAAUACAGUGCAAGAGAUGAUAUAGUUUUAAACUGAAGCAACACUUGUGGUAAAGUAAUGCAAUUCCUGUACGACAGUCUUACUAUAAAAUUUAUCUUGAAUCUCACAAAGUUGUGUCAAAGUCCAAAUGUAGUGUUAAUUAAACUUGUUUUAUUAUUGUCUUUACUAUUUAUAUGUACAUAAUUUUUUUUGAUUAAAUUUUAUAAUAUUGAAUUUAACUUUCUUUUACUAGGGCAACACGCAUUUUUAUGAAAAUGAGACUUUGUUUAAAGACUACAUUGUUAUGGGGGGAAAGUCCGUUCAUAUUCUUAUGCAAUACUAGGUAUAAGUGUUAAAUUGUUUUUACGAAAUAUUUGUGAUGUCGAUUGUAUUCAUAUGCUUCAAGAUACCAAUAGUAUUCAGAUAUGUUAUGUCAGUUGAUAUCUAUUCCAAUAUACUUUUUUUUCCUUUAACUAUAGUAUAUCACUUUGUAAAAAAUACCUACAAACAGAAUAUUUUAUCACGAAAAUAUUUUAAAAAAAUCCAAAAGUAUAGUUUUGUUAACUCGAUGUACCUACUGUAAAUACACAAAUAUUUGUAAUAAUAAAGAAUAAACUGUACUAUAACAAAAUAUAAAAUAUUCACUAAAAUAA